GGCGCGCGCGCGCACCGUUCGUCCUCUUGUCGAAAGAGAACGAAAAGAAAAAAAGGUCCGAAACACACACUCCAGGAAUCUGUGACGCUGCACGUUAGUGUGCUUUAUCCGCGUCUCGGGAUCUGGUCGAUGUGAAAGCGAUCGAGGCAGAACGACAAAAUGCCGACCAAAGGGUCGGCAAUGGAAGAGGCGGCGUGAAUGGUUAAAGGACAACAGCAACGUGUCUGAGCACUUUAACCGUUUAAAAAGCGUUCUGACGUCAUCACCUUAGUUUCUAAAAAGUUUUCUCAAUAGAAAAUGCCGGUGUUGACGUCAUCGACUUCGUCGCCCAGUCGGCGACUAGGAGGAUCUUAUACAUCUUACAGUUCGUCGUACGGCGGCGGCGGCGGCAGCUCCUAUUCACGCUCGUCGUCGACUUUCAGCAGCAGCACUACCGGACGGACGUCCAGUUUGGACCGUUCGCCAUACACGUCUAGCUAUGUUAGUGGCAGCUACAAGUACACCAGUCCCUCGGUGUCGAUUACGAGGGAUUAUUCGGUAUCCUCUAGACCCCCCAUAUCGUCGACGAGAACCAGUUCUUCCUUGUACAGUUCUUCUUCGACACGGACGUCGCCGGCCCGCAGCUAUUUUUCAACCCGCAAAUCCACUUCGGAAGAUGGCGCCAGCGGUUCGCGGAAUCGAGAGACGCAGUCGGAAACGAGGGAUAUGUCCAGCAACAGCAAUAAUAAUUACCUGAACGGCAACAUAAAAAAGUCACGAGAUUACUCGUCCAAUUUCGUGCCUUCCUCCACUUUAUCGAAAUAUCGAGCGGAGCGCGCCAGUCUGACUAAUGGGACGUCUAGCAUCUCGUCGCGAACGAAAUACUCUACGGAGAGGGAUCCCGAAAUACCGAAAAUCAGCGAGCGAAUUCGUAAUUUUCAGCCGUCCAAAUCGGUGGGCGAAACUCCCGUUUUCAGAUCGCGUUUCCUGCGCUCCUCGCAGCCGGACGCCGAUAAAAAGGAAUCGGAAAAUGCGGAAGAUGUGCGACCGACUGUUUCUGAUUUGCGACGGCGCUACGACCAGAAUCGCAACCACGUGACUCCCGAGAGAAGUCGCACGCCGGUAGCCGCUUCGACUGUUUCCAGUAGCAAGCCGCCGAUUGGCGGAUCCAAAUCGAGCCGAACGACAGCGUCCGGUUACGGUUCAGACAGCGACGAAUCUGUGGAACUCGAUGGAAGGAGCACGCCAGUCAACCAGCGUCUCGCAGCAGUUGGCGCCGCUGCACGCACCCAAAACAGUCAGACGCCCGACAGGAUCGUCAAUGGAGAUAGAGCCACCCCAGCCAGACCGGCCGUCACGAAAGAUGUAGCUCGAUCAUCUUCGCCAUCUACGCUCUCAUCCUCAUCAGACGGCGAUAAUCAGGAUGGCGGACAUCUUUCGGCUGUUCGAUCUUCAGCUACCUCAGCAAAGUUGGGCGGAGCGAGAGCAUCGCGGCAUUCGAUUUCGGAUUCAGUCGAUCAGACGUCAGAGACGUCGUCACCAAAAUUGGCGCCCAGAUCACGCACCUGUAGUUCGAGCCAACCCAAGACGGCAUCCAAUGAGAGCACAGGAUUGGUUGGGCUCAGAAAUAUUGGCAAUACGUGUUUCAUGAAUUCGGUGCUACAGUGUUUGAGCAACACUCGCUCUGUGCUUGAAUACGUCAUAUCCAACGAGUACGCCAAUCACAUUAAUACUUCCACGUCCUCAAUGAACGGAGCUCUCAUUAAAGCUUUCGCUAUUGUCUUGGCCGAAUUAUGGAAGAAGGAUGAAGAUGAAGACGAUUCGUAUUCAUCUAGCGCUGUUAAUCCAACAGCUCUGAAAAGCCAGAUUCAAAAGUUUGCUCCACGGUUCAUGGGGUACAACCAGCAAGAUGCCCAGGAAUUUCUCAGAUACCUUUUGGAAGGUUUGCACGAAGAUGUGAAUCGUAUUGCCGUCAAGCCCCGACCUCUCGAACAUGACAUUUCCGAUAAUUUAAGUGAUUCGGAGAAGGCCAUCGAAUCGUGGAAGCGUUACUUGAGGAGAGACGACUCGAAAAUUGUGGACCUGUUCGUCGGCCAGCUCAAGUCGACCCUGCAGUGCACUGUCUGUGGUCACUGCAGCGUCACGUUCGAUCCCUUCUGGGAUCUCUCUCUACCUAUACCGCCGUCCAGCAAGAGCAACGUCAAGUUAGGUCACUGCCUCGAUCUUUUUGGCAAGGAAGAAAUACUCGACGGAGAUGAAAAGCCGACGUGUGCGAAAUGCCAAACUCGGCGCAAGUGCACCAAAAAAUUCACCAUACACAAGUUCCCUCAAAUUCUUGUCCUUCAUUUGAAACGAUUCAGUCCCGGUGAACGAUUUCGCAAACUGGAUGCCAGCGUAGAUUUCCCUCUGACAGAUUUAGACAUGUCAGCGUACACCAGUCCAGGUAUCAAACAAUUACCCUGCAGCUAUCAACUCUACGGAGUUAUCAAUCAUUCGGGAUCGGCCUAUUCGGGACAUUAUACAGCCUCAUGCCGUCAUCCCUUCAGUGGCAAUUGGCACGAGUACAACGAUUCUAGGAUUUCAAAUCUGACACCUCAGCGUGUUGUUUCAUCGGAGGCUUAUCUACUGUUUUACGAGUUGGAAUCGACCGAAGCUCGUUUAUAGUUGUAUCGGACAAAUCAUGAAUGGUGAAGGGGAAAAAAAGAAGCAAAAAAAUCAUUAUUAAAUGCCCACCCCCCUCCUUCAAAGCACUUAACACGAUAACUUUAAAAUUUAGGAAUAAAUAUUCUUUCGAUUUCAUCAUUUAAUGGUGUGUAUACGUGCGUAGGUCAGAAAUACUGCAUUGGUAAUAGUUCACCAAAACAUAAAAGAAAACAAAUACCCAUAUUUUUUAGGCGGAUGCAAUCCCGAAAAUAAGGAGAGGAUUCGAAUGUGUUCAACAAACACAAGAAUAUCAAUGAUUGUGAACUAGUCAGAAAUUGUAUUGUUUGUUUGUUUGUUUUUGAGAAGAUCGGAAGAAAGGACAAGUAUUGUGUUUGUGAUUCAUCCAGUUAUUUCACUCAUGCAUAGUCUGUUACUGUUAAAAAAACAAAAAACAUUAUUUCGCUCUAUUUGAAACUUAAUUGCUUUUAUGGUUAAACAUCUCAUUUUUUUUUUGUUCCAGUGAAAAAAAAAUCAUAUAAAUGAGUUUUCGUGAAAAUUGAAUCAGCAGUUGGUUUCAUUCUGUUAAAGUUGUUACUCUUUUUCCUCCCGGUAGAAAUCAUGUAUGCAAACUGCCUUCCCGCCCCACUGUCAGUACUUCUCGAGUCUUUCAAGUUGAGACAUGCAUCUGUUUUAAAAAAAUAGCUUUGUUUCAUCACUACUAAAAAAAAUUUUUUUUUUGUUU